AUGGCUCUGCAUUACUCCAUGGCUGUGGUCCGCAACACGGGCCAUAAGGUGACCAAGAACAUGAGCAAGCUGAGGGCACAGCUCAAGGUCUCCAAGGACAAGCAGGCCCUCAAAUUCAUCAGGAAAAGGGGGCGCGGGGAGGCGGCGGCAGUGGCCGGGACCCCGGGAGUGACCGGAGCGGGAGGCUCGGGGCCGCGCUACGAGCUGCGGGACUGCUGCUGGGUGCUGUGCGCGUUGCUGGUGUUCUUCUCCGACGGCGCCACGGACCUGUGGCUGGCAGCCUCUUACUACCUGCAGGGUCAGCGCACCUACUUUGGCCUCACGUUGCUAUUCGUGCUCCUGCCCUCGCUUGUAGUGCAGCUGCUUAGCUUCCGCUGGUUCGUCUACGACUACACGGAGCCCGCGGGGACCCCGGGACCCGCCGUCAGCACCAAGGACAGCGGCACUGGCGGGCCCUCCAUUAGCACCAAGGACAGCGCUGUCGCCUUCCGGACCAAAGAAGGCAGCCCGGAGCUGAGUACCCGGCCCGCGCCCUCCUCUGCCAGCGCCUACCGCCGCCGCUGCUGCCGCCUCUGCGUCUGGCUGCUGCAGACCCUCGUUCACCUCCUGCAGCUCGGCCAGGUCUGGAGGUACCUGCGCGCCAUGUACCUGGGACUGCAGAGCCGCUGGCGUGGGGAGCGGCUGCGGCGCCACUUCUACUGGCGGAUGCUGUUCGAGAGCGCCGACGUGAGCAUGCUGCGCCUGCUGGAGACCUUCCUGCGCAGCGCGCCGCAGCUCGUGCUGCAGCUUAGCCUCUUGGUGCACCGAGGGGGCCAGCCCGACCUGCUGCCCGCCCUCUCCACUUCUGCCUCACUCGUGUCCCUGGCCUGGACACUGGCCUCCUACCAGAAGGUGCUGCGGGACUCACGUGAUGACAAGCGGCCGCUGUCUUACAAGGGUGCCGUGGCCCAGGUGCUGUGGCACCUGUUUACCAUCGCAGCCCGCAGCCUGGCCUUCGCACUCUUCGCCAGCGUCUACAAGCUCUACUUUGGCAUCUUCAUUGUGGCCCAUUGGUGCAUCAUGACCUUCUGGGUCAUCCAGGGUGAGACGGACUUCUGCAUGUCCAAGUGGGAAGAGAUCAUCUACAACAUGGUGGUGGGCAUCAUCUACAUCUUCUGCUGGUUCAACGUCAAGGAGGGUCGUAGCCGCCGCCGCAUGACCCUCUACUACUGCAUCGUCCUGCUGGAGAACGCAGCACUCACGGGCUUCUGGUACUCCAGCCGUAACUUCUCCACCGACUUCCACUCGCUCAUCCUGGUCUGUGUGGUGGCCUCCAGCUUUGCACUGGGCAUAUUCUUCAUGUGUGUCUACUACUGCCUCCUGCACCCCAAUGGGCCCAUGCUGGGGCCCCAGGCACCUGGAUGCAUCUGCCCUGAGGCCCAGGAGCCCUGUGGCCCACCAGCUGACGCUGUCACAAGUCCCCCAAGGUCCCUUCCAAGGACUACAGGCGCUGAGCGGGAUGGGGCCUCCAUGGGAGCUGAGCGUGCAGGGACCCCCACGCCACCUGUCUUCCAGGUGAGGCCUGGCUUGCCUCCCGCACCAGUGACCCGCACCUUUCGGACAGAGGGGCCUGUCAUUCGGAUUGACCUGCCUCGUAAGAAGUACCCCGCGUGGGAUGCUCAUUUUAUUGACCGCCGGCUCCGGAAGACUAUUCUGGCGCUGGAGUACUCCUCACCUGUCACACCCCGGUUGCAGUACCGGAGCGUGGGGACACCCCAGGAGCUGCUGGAGUAUGAGACCACGGUGUAG